AACAAAAACAACUGAUGAUACACAAAAAAGAGCUAAACAGCACAAGAAGGCAGUGACUUGUCGGAUACGCACACGCACAUGCUGCUGCAGCGUGCAUCACCGGAUUACUGAAACCACGUGUGUGAUCACAAACAAUCUCAAAAUGGAUAUUCUUGGGAGUUCAGAGAAAAAGAAAAAGAAGGACAAGAAGACUUUAGGUGAUAUUCAGGCUGGACAGGAGUUUCAGGUGGAACCAUCAGACAAAAAAGAAAAGCUUGAUACGUCACAAUGGCCUCUGCUCUUAAAGAAUUUCGACCGGCUGAACUGUCGCACAAUGCAUUAUACUCCCCUGCCUUUUGGAUCUUCACCUUUGCAAAGAUCUAUCAAGGACUAUGUAAGCUCUGGUGUACUCAACUUAGACAAGCCCUCAAAUCCCAGUUCACAUGAAGUUGUGGCAUGGAUCAAAAGAAUAUUGAAAGUUGAGAAGACAGGUCAUGCUGGAACGCUUGAUCCCAAGACAUCUGGUUGUCUCAUUAUAUGCAUUGACAGAGCAACUCGUCUGGUCAAAUCACAGCAAAGUGCUGGCAAAGAGUAUAUAUCUGUAUUCAAAUUGCACUCUGCUCCUGAAAGUGAAGCAAAGGUAGCCCAAGCUCUUCACAAGUUAAGAGGGGCUCUAUUUCAGCGACCACCUUUGAUCUCUGCUGUAAAAAGGCAACUUAGAGUUAGAACAACAUAUGACAACAAAUUGAUUGAGUAUGAUCCAGAAAGAAACAUGGGUAUAUUUUGGGUCAAGUGUGAGGCAGGAACAUAUGUCCGAACGAUUUGUGUUCAUCUUGGACUGAUGUUAGGAGUUGGUGGUCAAAUGCUGGAACUCCGCCGAAACCGCUCUGGCUUGCAUAGUGAAAAGGAUGGUCUUACAACCUUGCAUGAUAUUAUGGAUGCCCAGUAUUUGUAUGAAAAUCACAAGGAUGAAACAUACUUACGCCGUAUUAUUCUUCCCUUGGAGUCCUUACUCCGAGGUCACAAAAGAAUAAUCAUGAAAGACAGCUCGGUCAAUGCUGUUUGUUACGGUGCCAAAAUUAUGCUUCCUGGAAUAUUGCGAUAUGAAGAUGGUAUCGAGUUGAACCAGGAAGUAGUUAUAGUUACCACUAAAGGAGAGGCCAUAGCUCUAGCCAUUGCCCUCAUGACAACUGCUACCAUAGCAAGUUGUGAUCAUGGUAUUGUGGCUAAAAUUAAGCGAGUCAUUAUGGAACGCGACACAUAUCCAAGAAAGUGGGGCUUGGGUCCUAAGGCUUCAAUCAAAAAGAAUAUGAUCAAGCAGGGCCUGCUGGAUAAGUUUGGCAAACCAAAUGAAAAUACCCCAGCUGACUGGACCACUAGCUACAAGGAUUACUCGGAAGUCAAGGUGAAAGAAGAGCCAGAUGUAAUGGGUGAGGACAACGGGGAAGCCCCAUCAAGAAAGCGCAAGCUCAGUGAAAGAAGUGCAUCUCCAACCGAGGCUGAAACUUCAACUGCUGAUAUUUCCAUUAAAAAAGAGAAAAAGAAGAAGAAAAAGAAGAAGCAUGAUGAAGAGGAAGGUGGUGAGGAGGUUGCAACAGGAAGCACAGAGGAGGAAGUCCCUAAGAAAGAGAAGAAAAAGAAGAAGAAGAAGGACAAAGAAAAGGCCAAGGAAUCCGACAGCGAUUAAAAGAAUCAGCAAAUGUUUUAUGUUUUCUUUAUUUUUUAUUUUUUUGAAUUGUCCCUGUUUUGGUGCCGAACUGUGCUGCAAUUAUGUUUGUAUGGUACUUUGUUUAUCACAUGCUAAGUAAGCCACAGAAGCAGCAUCUGUGUAUAUAACAGUUAAAGGAAUUUAUAUUUUCUUUUCAACUUGCAUAAACUGCCAGAGUACAAUUUAUUUUCUUUUAUUUGUUACUUUUAGAAAUCUAUAUUGUUUUGAUUUCGAGCAUGGACUUGUAGACCUUUAUUGCCUAUUCUGUUAAAAUCCACAAUCAGUAUCAUGAAAACUUCCACGUUUGACGAGACUUGUUUAGUGUUAUGAAAUCGUGCUUCACCUGUGUUGCUGUAAAACAGCAGUGGUGGUAGAUGUUAAGAAUCAAAGGUGUCUAAUCCGUUGAUUUUGUACUUUUGCUACUGUGACAGCAACUGUUCAGUAAUAAAGUCUCCCUGCAGCUAGGGUGCUUAUUUUUUAAUAAAAAUAAAACUAAACCUGAUCUA